GCCUCCACAAUCAAUCGGUAUUUCGCAGUGUUUUGUUUUUUAAUGCUCAUUGAAAAGUAAUUUGCCAUCAUCAAAUGCAAAUGGAACGGUGACAUAAAUGAGUUUCACAAACCAAAACGUGGCUAUAUAGAUAAAAACGCGGCGCGUAGCGGAACGCAGUAGAAUAGUGUAGCAAAAAAGAGAGAACAAUUUCAACAAUUAUAAAGACGCAAACAAAGACGCUGGUCAAAAGCAUGAGUUGAAACUGGACAAGCACACACUCAUAUAUAUACACACACACACAUAUACGCGCGCAAGCAAGCCAGCACACACUGCGAGAAAGAGCUUGUGCUAGAAAGGGAGAGAAAUAGAGAAACAAAAAGAUAAUUUCAAGGCAACACUGCGUAACGCAGGGGAAAAGAAACUUCAAAUAAGGUGACAAUUUGGGCGACGACGACGACGACAAUAAUAAUUGCUCUGGUCUAUACUAACAGUUAACGGAAGGAGCGCAACCACGUGUAUAUGUAGAUACAUGCAUUUAUGUAUGUGUGUGGAUGCAUAUGUAUUUGCUUGUAUGCUAACUGGAUAUUAUUGGGCUGCAAUGCAAUAGCAAUAGCUGUGACACUUGAUUCAACAUAACAGUAAUAACUAACGGGAGCGCAUUCGCCAAUUCGCAUUUCAUACUCAUCUUCGCAAAGGCAGCGCAAUAUAAACAGCAACCAACAGCUGCAGACGCAUCAACAUCAACAGUUACACCAACAACAACAACAUGAGCACAGUGUUUAUUAACUCACGGAAGAGCCCAAAUGUGCUAAAGAAACAGGGCACAGACCAAUGGGUCAAACUAAAUGUGGGUGGCACCUAUUUUCUAACCACCAAAACAACGCUCUCCCGUGACCCCAAUUCCUUUCUGUCGCGCCUUAUACAAGAGGACUGCGAUUUGAUAUCAGAUCGGGAUGAGACAGGCGCAUAUUUGAUUGACAGAGAUCCAAAGUAUUUUGCGCCUGUGCUCAAUUAUUUACGCCACGGAAAACUCGUUUUGGACGGCGUCUCCGAGGAGGGAGUACUGGAGGAGGCUGAGUUCUACAAUGUGACGCAGCUAAUUGCGCUGCUCAAGGAGUGCAUCAGCCAUAGAGAUCAGCGUCCACAUGCGGACAAAAAGCGCGUCUAUCGUGUGCUGCAAUGUCGCGAACAGGAAUUAACACAGAUGAUCUCCACGCUUUCGGAUGGCUGGCGGUUUGAGCAGCUGAUAAGCGUUGGCAUGCAAUACUCAAACUAUGGCCCAUUCGAAAAUAAUGAGUUCCUUUGCGUUGUCUCCAAAGAAUGCGGCUCGACAGCAGGACGUGAAUUGGAGCUGAAUGAUCGCGCCAAGGUUCUGCAGCAGAAGGGUUCGCGAAUUCUUGGAAUUUAAAGUGCUUUUAGAGCAUAGAGUGCUCAUACCAUCCAAAAUAACACAAAAUGUAACUCCCAUCAGCAAACACCAAGCUUACUUAAUAUAACAAAGACAAGCCACAAACAUCAUGAACAACAACAACAACAACAACAACAACAGAAGCAGCAAAAACAACAAAUAUGUACAUCAAAUAAAAAAAACUAAAUAUUAAGAAAGAGCCAAACAAAUACUGCAACAAAGAUCCUUUUUGGCGACGAUUGGAGAAUUAAAGUUAAAAGUCAUGCAGUCAAUCAUUCAAUCAUUAACUUGAAUGCAUCAAUCAAUUAAAGCGCCAUUAAUCAAGCAGACCUAUAACA